AUGGGCGGUUGUGUCUUACCUUCAGAACCAGAUACGGCCGAGGAUGCUAGUCAUAAACGACCAAGAAUCGACUUCGAGUUAUUGGUCUCUAUAGGCGCAGGCCAACCGAUUCAAGAGGCUAGAAACUUGGGUGACAUUUCGCAUAAUGAUAUUCAUACCGUCAUAAACUUCAACAGCAGUUCCCCAGCGCAUGCGACUACCACCCAUUCUAACUGUGGCAAUCACAAGGCUCACUCGAUUUUGAUAUCGAUUGAUCACAAAACUACUUGCCCUAGUCCGGAGAUUAUGAGUCUUGAUCAAAAUUCCUCGUCGACCGCUGCUACUGCAACCACAUCUGAGCCUAUACCGCAUACAAACAAGGCACUCGAAUCUGAAAGUUACUCUCUCAAACGCGCACGAGUAGAAGUUCUUGACCAAAAAAUCGAAGUUACAAUUUCACCUGUUCCUAAACGUCAAAAAAUUGACUCUGCCAAUCCCCCAAUCAUCGUAGGACCUCCUUGUGCUCCAAGUGUUGGAAAGCACCCCAACGCUCCAAUCACACCAGUCUAUAACCAUCAACACAUCAAUUCUGGCGACUCGAUGAUCGGAACUCCUCGUACUCCCUAUGUUUUUGGACCACCCGACGUGCGGAUCACACCAGUCCAUAACCAUCAAGACAUCAAUUCUGGCGACUCGAUGUUCGGAACUCCUCAUACUCCCAUUGUUUUUGGACCAUCCAACGGGCCGAUCACACCAGUCCAUAACCAUCAAGACAUCAAUUCUAGUGACUCAAUCUUCAGAACUCCUUGUACUCCCAAUUUUUUUGGACAACCCGACGUACCGAUCACACCAGUCCAUAACCAUCCAACAACUGAUUUUUUGGAUGAUGCAAUGAUCCUGGAUACGCCUUGGACUCCAGUGCAUGUUAAACACCCCAAAGUUCAUUUUGAGAGCUGCCUACACUCACCUACAACACCUUUGACAUCAGCUCAAUCAAUGUGA